AUAUUGAAAAACAUUUAAGAAAAGGGAAACUAAUUGCCAGAUUCGCAGCAGUUUCUUCAACUUGUCUGAUUAAAAGUCACUUAAAAAAUUCGCAACAGACAGACGUUGAAUUAUCUGAAUCGUGAUUGGCUGUCGCUUGGUCACCGUUUUGAUGGCUGCAAGUGCGAACCCGUUAGGAAACAACCAGGAGGCCUCCUCGGCGGCGCAGAAGUCCACGUCGGCUAAUGGCGGUGCCAACACUCCGGCGACUGAUACCACGCCGACUACCUCCGCGUUGCGGCACAAUUCCGGUAUUUCACUUGAGUGGACCCCCGAUGAACAGUCGACUCUUGAAGAUUUGCUGUCAAAGUUUGCCUCGGAUUCAACCCUUGUUCGGUAUGCUAAAAUUGCAAUGCAACUGAAGGACAAAACUGUUCGCGAUGUUGCUCUUCGAUGUAGAUGGAUGACUAAAAAGGAAAAUGGCAAGAGACGGAAAGAGGAUCAUAAUUCAGCAAGGAAGAACAAAGACAGAAAAGAAAAGGCUACAGAUUCAUCUGCAAAGUCAUCAUCUCAUUUAACAACUCGCCCAAAUGGUCCUUCAUAUGCUCCGUCAGUGAUUCCUAUAGACACCGAUGAUGGUAUCUCAUAUAAAGCCAUUGGCGGUGUUACAGGAGAGCUUCUGGAGCAGAAUUCUCAAAUGUUUAACCAAAUUUCUGCAAAUUUCGCAACUUUCCAGAUACGUGAUAAUUUCGAUCUCUUAUGCAAGGCUCGGGACAACAUCCUCUCAAUCCUGAACGACUUGAAUGACAUGCCGGAGAUAAUGAAGCAGAUGCCUCCACUUCCUGUGAAGGUUAAUGAUGAACUCGCCAACUCCAUCCUUCCCCGUACAUCCCAUCAAAUGAGUUCAUGAUGCUGAUGCUUCUGAUUAUUUUCCUUGAGUUGGGCCGUUCAAAUUCAAAUCAAUUCUGAAACAUGAAUAAAGCUGGUUAGUUGGUUAAAGUUAUUUUCAGUUAAAGAAGACUCUCAAUGUCCAUUCGUUCUGAUACUGUCGAAUGUAAAGAUUUAUAUUAUUUAAUUACCGUCCUUCACUUGGUGGAUUGUUGAUUGUAGGAACUUGUAUUGUGUAGUAUGUACAUACAUAGUUGUGUGAGGAAAUGUGAAUGGAAAAUGAUCCGAAUAGUUUUUUAA